AUGGUUGUCAUGAACAAGUUCUCCGUUGCCCUUGUGGCUGCUCUGGCUGCCGUGGGUCAGGCCACUCACGAGGGUCUCCAUGCCCGUCGCAUCGUGGCUCGCUCGCUUGCCCCUGUCCCCGAGGCCUCUACGGCUUCUACCUCGACCGUCCUCGUUGUGCCUACUCCUGUCGAGCCAGUUCCUGAGGCUACUUCGACUGCCGCGUCUGCUCCCGCUGAGGAGACCUCCGCCGUGGAGUCUUCCUCUGCCGUGGCGUCUUCUGCCCCUAGCUCCAUUCCUUCUGUUGCUUCGUCUGUCGUUGCUCCGUCUGUCGUUGCCCCGUCUGUCGUGGCUCCGUCUGUCGUUGCCCCGUCGGUUGUUGCUCCGUCGGUCGUUGCCUCCUCUUCGGUCGUUUCGGCCCCUGAGGUGAGCUCCGCGAGCUCUGUGCCCGUGUUCUCCAGCAAGCCUGUGGUCACCCGCACUCCCAUCAGCUCUCGCCCUGGUCUUCCCACCAAGUCUUCCGAUGCCCUGUCCAGCACCGUGUCUGCUCCUGCUGGCACUUCCGCCCCUGGUGAGGCUGUCACUGUGACUUACACCGUGACCUCUGGCGCCUCGACUAGCGUCAUCACCACCACCAUCUACAAGACCGCCACUGACCAGUACACCAUCACUGCCACCGAGUCUGGCGCUGAUGCCGCUGCCACUAACUCUGCUGAUGCCUCCGCCACCAACUCCGCUGGUGCCUCGGUCACUAACCCCGCUGAGGACACCACCUCCACUCGGACCUCCACUAUCAACAGCACCAAGACCAAGACCGUCACUCUCAUCGAGAUCCCCGCUUCCACCAGUGCUGCCAGCAGUGGCUCUGAUUCCAGCAGCGGCUCUGGUUCCGGCAGUGGCUCCGGUGCCUGCUCCGCCGUUACCGUUACCGCUACUGUCACUGAAACCGUGACUGCUGGCGCCGUCGAGACCCAGUCCGCCGGCAAUGGCAACGGUGAGGGCGCACAGAGCACCUCGACUGAGGCCGCUGCUUCCACCGAGACCGCCUCGGUUUCCACCACCCGCACUUACACUGCAUCCACCCGCGUUCCCAUCACCCGCACUCCUACUCCUUCCAGCGGCUUCGCUACCCGUACUCCUACCGCCAGCGCAACUGUCAAGCCUACUACUUAUCCCUCGGCCACCAGCACCCCCACUGGCGAGACUUUCUUGUCCAACCUGCGCCGCUACUUCUUCUAA